AGACAAGAUUAAUUGGUUAGCCUGAAGAAAUGCGUCAGCCUGGACGACGACCGAUAUCGAUGCCAUUUUUAUAACAUGGAUGGAUCAGCAGAGGAAGAAGAAGAAGAAGAAGACGACUUCCACUGCUCGACCUCAUCCCACCUCCCUGCUUCCUCCUCCAAUCGCCACCUCGACGUAGACGUCGAUCUCUCAUCCUCCUCGUGGGCGCCGCCGCUUCUGCUCCAGUGCGCCCGCGCCAUGACCUCCUGCGACGCUCGCCGCGCCCGCCGACUCAUGUGGACUCUCAACGAGCUCGCCUCACCUUACGGCGACGUCGACCAGAAGCUUGCCGCCUUCUUCCUCCAGGCCCUGUUGGCGCGCGCCAGCUCCUCCGGCCCCCUCACCCUCCGCGCCCUCGCCGACGCCGCCCGCCGCAACCGCUCCUUCGAUGCCACCCGCCGCACAGCUCUACGCUUUCAGGAGCUCAGCCCCUGGUCCUCCUUUGGCCACGUCGCCGCCAACGCAGCCAUCCUCGACGCUUUCUUCUCUUCCUCCUCUUCGUCGACGUCGAGCCUCCAUAUUCUUGACCUCAGCAACACCUUCUGCACGCAGUGGCCGACGCUGCUCGAGGCACUCGCCAUGCGGGCUUCCGACGCCGACACACCCCGCGUCUCCAUCACCACCGUCGUCGUCUCUGCUUCCUCCGUGCAAGAAGAGGUGAUGGGGGAGAUCGGGCGGCGGAUGGAGCGUUUCGCCAGAUUGAUGGGCGUGCCAUUCCGGUUCGAAGCUGUUCAUCGCCCGGCCGGCCGAGACCUCUCCGACCUCGACCUCGACCGGCUCGUCAGCGAGGGCGGUGGCAGUGCCGCGCUCGCAGUCAACUGUGUCAAUUCGCUCCGCGGGGUGCCGGCCGUCGGAAGCCAUCGCGACGCGCUUCUCGCGGCCUUCCGCCGGCUCAAUCCGCUGAUCGUGACGGUGGUGGAGGAGGAAGCAGAGCUAUCGACACCAAAAGGGGAGGAGGAGAAGGAGGGGGACGCAUUCUUGAAGGUCUUCCGCGAGAGUUUGGAGUUCUUCUCGACCUACUUGGAAUCGCUGGAGGAGAGCUUCCCGCGGGCGAGCGAGGAGCGGCUGGCGCUGGAACGCGAGGCGGGUCGGGCGGUGAUGGACCUGGUGGCGUGUCCGGCGGCGGAAUCAGCUGAGCGGCGGGACACGGGGGCAAGGUGGUCGAGGAGGAUGCGGACGGCGGGAUUCGAGCCGGUAGAAUACUGCGACGACAUGACCGACGACCUGAGGGCGCUUUUAAGGAGGUACAGAGAGGGAUGGUCGAUGCGAGCAGGUGGCGUCGUCGGCGGUGCCGCCGGGACAUUUCUGGCCUGGAGGGACAAGCCGUCGGUGUGGGCGAGCGCGUGGAAACCGGCCAUGAGAAACUGACGUGAAAACUCAUGUUUUGCCGAUCCAUCGAUCAUCCUGUCGAAGCUGAGUAGAUGAUCAUCGAAGAAUAACGUUGAGGUGACUCUUCGCCUACACUGAUGCUCUUUCGCUCCUGCAACCACAAGUCGUUAGUGCCAAGCCGGGAAGGGGUUCCUGACGAUGGUCCUCCGACGCUCAAGUCACACAUCAGCAAGUGAAGAAAACAGAGGAAGCAAAGAAGAAGUAAAUGGUGGUUCCAGAAGACGUAUGCACGUACUUCCGCGGAUGGCUGCUUCCCUCCUUAUAUAGAGCUUCGACGAGUUGACUAUACACUUCUCGGACGGAUGCGCAUCCCCAAACUUUCCCCAAAAGCUAACAUCGAGAAAGGAUCUCUGACAUCUUACCAUAACGGGGUGAACACAUCUCUGCCAAGGCGGCGGAAUCUUCUUCUGUACGAUUUUCUGUCCAUCCGCGCCGUCAGCCGGCGACAUCAACUCCCAAAAGGAUAUUGGCACGUAUCCCCCAUCUUGUUUGUCGGCUGUUAGUCUGAUUGGACUUCCCUUGAUCGAUCCGGCCGACCAACUCUUUGACUUCAUACGAGUAUAUCUAGACCGAUCGGCAUGAGUGCCGGUCUCGGUGCGUUGUAGGCUCAACCAACCCUCUUUGAACUCUUCCGGCCGAUCGGAUUGUAGGCUUGACUCACCUUCUUUGAACUCUUCCGGCCGAUUGGGUUGUAGGCUUGACCCACCUUCUUUGAACUCUUCCGGCCGAUCAGGUUGUAGGCUGGCCUUCUCCGAAAUCUUCUGGCCGAUCGGGUAGUAGGCUUGGCCCACCUUCUCCGAACUCUCCCGGCUGAUCGGAUUGUAAGGACUUCGACUCAGUUAGUCUCUUAGUUAACCACCUCUUGACUUUGACAAUUACCCAAGCGUUGAAUUUCCUUGGAGGUGGACCCUCUUAUGUUAUCAUCGGAUCAACAUAUAUAUCAAUUGCAAAAUCAAUCAUGUAUGCGUAUAUAUAUCGC